AUGUCAUCGAUAACCAACGAUCAGUUGUUAGAACACAAUUUUGUGAAUGAUAUGUCAAAUGAGAACGAACAGGACAUUUUGGAUGAAUUUUUGGACCAACGGGUGUACGAGUCGAUAAAUUUGCCUGAUAGUAACAGUAUUAAGGUGGAAACAGACGACUUGUUAAAUGAUUUUUACAAUAAUAACGACAGCAAUGAUAGUAAUAAUGAUGGAAGUAACUACGGAGGCGGAAGUGGUAACGCGAACUACUUGUUGAAUCAGUCGCAGAUGAAUACGCCUAAUAAUGAUUACAUGUAUCUUGAUAACAUUGGGUACAAUGGUACCAACAGCGAGUACACGAGUCCUACCGAUGCGCCUCAGAUGAACAUUACGAACAAGUUACAACUUUCUGACUAUGAUAUUGUGAGAGAUGAUUUGUCCAAGUUGAAGUUUGGCACGACCAAUAUGAAGCUGUGUCCCACAUCCGUGGAUGUGCCCGACCAGUCGUAUCUUGAUUUUUCACCGCAAGCCAUGGAUUCAUUACCGUAUAAAUUGACAUUAACCAACUUGCCCAGCUACUCGCGAGUGGAAACGCAGAUUAAAUUCAAGUUCGGGUUGAGUCCGCCUCCUCCACACGUUCUUUUACAUAUACCCCAAGAUUUAAUAUCCAAGAAUAAAUUCUGUCUUUCGAACGGGGUGGAUACAUUGGCACCUACCUUGAAGGAGAGCCUAUUAUAUUUGGACACAUACGUGUUGACGUCUGAUUAUAAGAAAUCGUGUAAUAUUUGUUCCAGAUGUAUCAAACGUGAGCAAAAGCGGGCGUCCAGAAGAAAAUCUGGCGUGAAUGGUAACGAAUCCGACGCGAAUAAUGACGCCGCUAAUGAUAACAACACCAAGGAAAACGGUAAGGGUUCUUCUAGCUCAUGGGCUGACGAUAAGAUGAUGAAGAAGGCAAUUAUUUUCAACUGUAAAGAAAUCGUUUCCUUUCCUCCCCCUAAUGGUUUAAAUAAUGAUUUAUCGAAAUCGUUAGACCUCUCUGCUAGAAUAAUAUGUUACUGCAGACAUCAUAAAGAAUCUCAAGGAUUCAAAUUAUUGUUUGUCGUGAAGAAUCACGAAGGAAAAGUGGUUGCAAAACAAAUUUCGUCAACUAUAAUGAUAAUGGAUAGAAAGAAAACCACUGCUGCUUCGAAAAAUAAAGUGAACGAAGACUCUUUACCUAAUUCUGUUUGUGGCUCGUCGACUAACUUGCAACAAAUGUCAGGAGACCAACAACAAAGACAACAAAGACUGCCUAAAGAAUCUGAUAAUGACAUAUUAUCAAAUUCUUUCCGUCAAUUAUCCUCCAACUCAAUAGAUGAAUCCAACUCUGAAGCCCAAACUAAUACCGACACUAAUACAUUUUCGGAGGGAAGAAACUUAAAGAGAAAGAAGUUAUCUGUGGACGAUUCGUUCAACACUCAAACUAAUCCUAUGUUUAAUGGCAGCGUCAACGCAUUGUCACCAUUAAGUAAUAGUGAUACCAAUACAUCCACGAGCAAUAUGUUGACAAAACCUAAUAAUCAAUUGCCUUCGCAUGGUCAACCAUCAUUUGGAUUAUCGCCAUUAAGUCAUCCCCAAUUAAAUACACAACAACCUAGAUUACCAUCAAUUCAAAGAAUUAUACCGGCCCAGGGACCAAUUAGAGGUGGAAUUGAAAUCACCUUAUUAGGGUUUAAUUUCCGCCAAGGGUUAGCCGUCAAGUUUGGUGCAAACCAGGCUUUGGCUACUCACUGCUGGUCAGAAACAACAUUGGUUACGUAUUUACCUCCUGCAUCGCAGCCAGGCCAAGUCUUGGUUAGUUUUGAAGAUCACGAAAAUGUGAUGAUAGGUGGACCACCUCAACAACAAAUCUUCACUUAUACUGAUGAUACCGACAAACAGUUAAUUGAAUUAGCCUUACAGAUAGUUGGUUUGAAAAUGAACGGGAAAUUAGAGGAUGCAAAGAAUAUUGCGAAAAGAAUCGUUGGUACCGAUAAUUCAAGCAUUAGUGGUACAAAUAGUAAUGUUGCAUCACCUGCCAACCAGCACAAUAUGAACCAAGCUAAUAUUGAAUGGUUUGAUAGCGCUCAUAAAGCUGUUUUACAAUUAACCAAAUCGGAUUUGUCAACUGAAGAAAUCUUGAUUAAUUUCCUUUCGUUAGUCGACCUACCAAAUUGCCCAAUCAUAAUACCAAAUUGGCAAUUAUGUAAUGGUCAAGGACAAACCUUAUUGCAUUUGGCCUCUUUGAAGAGAUAUAGUCAAUUAAUUAAAUUUUUGAUCACGCAUGGCUGCAAAAUUGAUGUUAAGGAUAAUCAAGGCUUAACACCACUUUUCUUAGCAUCUAUGUGCGGUUACAGAGAUAUGAUUCAAAUUUUUGUUGCAUGUAAGAGUAAUUGGAAUUUGAAAUUGUCAAAUGAUAAAUUAUUGAAAGAUUACUGUGAUCCAAACGUGUUGGAUGUUUUCAAUAGCUUAGAAGACCAGGAUAAUGAAAAUGAUGUGGACGAUUUCUCUAAGUUCCUCUCAAAGGAUAGCAAAUUGGCUAAGUCAUUGAGUUUAGAUUCGUUGAAUUCAAUGUUUGCUAUGAAUUUCGGGUGCCAUGUAUCAAAGAUGGUCAUGGAAGAUUCGGUCAAUCAUUCAGGUGGCUCAAAACUCGAAAGUGGUGAUAGAUAUCUCAUGAGAGAGGAAUUAAAUUCGAGAUCGAAUGAUAAUGACGGUAGUGGGUUUUCCCAUGCUGAUUCAGAUUUGGGUAACUCUGAAUUAGCCGAUUCUGAAUUAGCAGAUUCUGAAUUUGAAUCAAAUGACGAUGACAGAUUUUAUAAUGAUGAUUAUUAUGAAAGCGAAAGUGAUGAUGACUACGAUGAUGAAGAACAUGGUGAUAGUUAUGACAACAGAGAGUUAAAUAUAGCCGAAGUUGGCGGUGUUUUGAAUGAUAAUCAAUCUUUAUGCUCAAACUCAACUAUUUUGCCAUCGUUAUCAAAUAAUAAUGAUGACGAGGACGAGGAGGCCUUGUCGCAGAAUUCAGCAGGAUUAUGGCAGAAGGUUAAGAAUGUAUUUAGCAAUGAUGAAAGUGACAGUCAGUUACCAUCUUACGAUGACUUGUUUCCUUUUGGCCCUUCGUCAUUCCACCUGAAACCAAAAUCCUCUGUUGAAAGAAGCCUUAAUAGUGUUGAUGAUGAUUCAAAUACUGGUAAUAGUUCUAAGGUGAUUACUGGAACUUCGCGUGAUGAUAAUCAAGAAGAUGCGGGUGUUUCUUCAGAUUCUUCGGAAGAUAUGGUCAUAUCUUACAUUAAUCAUCCUCGCAAAAAUGUUGAAAAUGAUAAAAUGUUAUUAUUUUUCUGGUUCCCAGCAUUGGUCUGUAUUAUGGCAUUAUUUAUCUUCGUCUAUAUCAUGGGUUACAAGUUCGUGUUUAUUGAAGACUUCAAGCAUUACAUUAGAACAACAAUAGGAAAUUUAAUGGUUGGUAAUGAAAGAAUUGGUAAACUUUUUCACUCAUCAAAUGGAGCAGGGGUAGAGAGGGUGUUACUGGCAACUCGUAAGAUAAUUAACGAGUAG